AUGAGGGAAGGCAAUAUACCACGGGAUUCAAAGUGUGUUGUUUGCAGAAAAUCUUGUUGGUCUUACGAAUGCUUGGCUGGUAUGAAAUGUGGCUGGUGCUCUGCUACGGCUCAUGCUAUCUGUUAUCGUCAAAUGUCUCUUGAAUGCGAUUUUGGUAUUCUGAGGAAGAUUACGUUGCCACCCAAUGCGUUAACGAUUCCGAGGACAGAACUUUCAAUGCAACAGUUGCUUAAUAUUCAAGGAACUCAUCUGGAAGCAUCAUCACCAGUGAAAAUACAUCCGGAAGGUUCCAUAUUGAAUUCACCUGAUGAAACAAAAGAAAAAGAAGACUACGAAAAUUUACGUAUUUUUGAUGGCAAUAGUUCUGUUCGGAAACAUGAGUAUCGUACUGUUAUCGUACCAAAAACAGCUUCAGUGCAACAAAUACGGGACGUGGCACUCAGAAGGUUUCAUAUUAAUGACAAUCCUGAUUGUUAUUACAUCACGCAAGUGCUCAAUAACGAUGGCGAGGAAGAAUUGCUUGAAGAUCCGUUACCGUUGAGAAAUGUACGGCGACCGGAAGGACGUCGUGCACAAAUUUUCCUUCGUUACAAAGAUGAUCCUGAAAAAGCAGUUGUUAAACUAUAUGGUGGUUGGCUUAGAGUAUCGCUAACGUUCUGUUCGCUGUCAAUUACAAAAGAAACGCUGGUUCAAGAUGCGGUGGCAGAAGCACUGGAUCGAUUUGGAUUAGAUCGAAAUUUAGCUCAUCGUUAUAAUUUAAUUGAAGUUUCACUUGAUCGUGGUGUUGCUGAAAGGACUGCGAAUCCACAAGAAAAUAUGUUGCAGCUUGUGAGAAAUUUAAGAAAGGAUUCCUUACGACGUUAUAACGUUGUUCGUUUUUAUGUACAAGAAAAGGAUGAUCCACACGACCACGCUGUUUUUGUUGGGAAUUUACCGCUUUCAUUAUCUCAAAGACAAUAUGAAAGAAUUCUUUUACGGUUAUUAGGUGCUAAAGAAAAACCUUUUACUGUUAUUGGACCAAUAUAUUUUGAAUAUGGCUCACUGGUGAUUACGUUCAACACAGCAAAAGCUGCAACAUCAGCCGUGCAACGCCUCCAGAAUGCGAUUUGCGAAGAAAAGAAAUUAAUAGUACUUUGUCUUCCCAAUGUACAGCCCCAUAUGUUAUCACCGGAUUGCGAACCCCUUCUGGUACUUGUGAAUGUUAAAAGCGGUGGUUGUCAGGGUAAUGAACUGAUUAAAGCAUUCAGACGAUUGUUGAAUCCUUUCCAAGUAUUCGAUGUAUUGAAAGGUGGUCCAUUAGUUGGGUUAUAUGUUUUUCGAAAUAUCCCAAGAUAUAAGAUUUUGGCUUGCGGUGGCGAUGGCACUAUUGGCUGGGUUUUACAGUGCUUAGAUAUUGUUAAACAGGAUGCUGCAUGUUUUUCUCCACCAUGUGGUAUUGUUCCAUUGGGCACUGGUAACGAUCUGGCAAGAGUUUUACGAUGGGGUGGUGGUUAUAGUGGUGAAGAAAACCCUAUGAAUAUUCUUCGAGAUGUUAUUGAGGCUGAGGAAGUACGCUUAGAUAGGUGGGCAGUAGUUUUUCAUGAAGAAGAACGUUCACAACCGCCAACAACAUCUAGUGUUGAACCGAGUCCGGAUGCAGAACAAAUGAUGAGCAAUCCUGAGGACCAAACUUCAAUGAUUAUAAUGAAUAAUUACUUUGGAAUUGGAAUCGAUGCGGAUGUCUGUUUGCAGUUUCAUAAUAAGAGGGAUGCGAAUCCAGAAAAAUUCAGUUCACGUUUGUUCAAUAAAACACAAUAUGUAAAAAUCGGUUUACAAAAAGCAUUCUUUGAAAGGACAUGUAAAGAUCUUUGGAGACGGGUUGAAUUAGAAGUGGAUGGUAAAGUAAUCGAAUUACCAUGCAUAGAGGGUAUCAUCGUAUUAAACUUGCUCAGCUGGGGGAGUGGAGCAAAUCCUUGGGGGACAGCAAAGGAAGAGAGGCAGUUUCAAAAGCCAACACAUUACGAUGGACUGCUUGAAGUGGUUGGCAUACCAGAUGUCUCUCGACUAGGCCUCAUUCAGUCCAAACUAUCGGCCGGUAUAAGAAUUGCUCAAGGAGGAAGUAUACGAAUCACAACACAUGAAGAAUGGCCAGUACAAGUAGAUGGUGAGCCACACAUACAACCGCCUGGUACCAUAACAAUUCUGAAAUCUGCCCUUAAA